AUGACCAAGUAUGAGGUCAACGGCGCCGGCGCCCAUCCGCUCUACCGCUGGGCCAAGUCGCAGCUCAAGUCGACUCUUGGCACUAGCAUCAAGUGGAACUUCACUCACUUUGUCUUCAAUGCCAAGGGCGAGCCUCCCUCGUCCAUGGCGCCGCUCAUCCAAGAGCUCCUUACCGAUCCGGCCGUCAUCCCUGGCUCCUUUGCCGCCGGCGGCGCGACAUCCUCUUCUAUGGCCUGA